AUUAGAUAACAUAGAUGGUCUUGUUAAACAUGAAGAGUAAAACAUCUGUCUGGUGGCGGCAGGUAGCUUAGUGGUUAAGAGCGUUGUGCCAGUAACCGAAAGGUCGCUGGUUCUAAUCCCUGAGCCGACUAGGUGAAAAAUCUGUCGAUGUGCCCUUGAGCAAGGCACUUAACCCUAAUUGCUCCUGUAAGUCGCUCUGGAUAAGAGCGUCUGCUAAAUGAAUAAAAUGUAAAAUGUAAAUGUAAUGGUGUUCCCUCUGCCCAGGUUCCAACCAGUGCGUUCUCCAUAUGCAAGGUGCUACAGAAGAAGGUAUGACUACCAAUUAUAUGUGGAAGUCUGGGUCGAUAAAGGAACUUGAUGAAUUUAUUUUAAUGUCACUUUCUGAAUUUACUGAAUGGAAUUGACCUAAACUCUGGCUUAUAGGUUACAGAGUGCAGAAGUGUUGCUCUUUAGAACACUGGUAAGCCAAUCACAUCCCUGUGUCUUUCUUUGCUCUACCAAGGUCUUCAUUCUCCAUGGAAACCAGCUGAAGUCCAUGGUGCCCAAAGGCUGUUGCAUCAACUUUCUGGUCACACUAAAGGUUUGAAGACAAAACAUUGCAUUGGACAAAGUAGGCAUUACCUACCCUGUAUAGGACACAGUAGGCCUAAGCAUUGCAUAGGACAAAAACAUCAUAGGACUAAAGAAGCGAGGUAUGGACAAAGGGAGCAUUACAUUAGACACUGGUAGUAUUAGAGAGGGCAAAAUCAGCACAAAGGACAAAUCAAACACAUGACUCAUUACGUUGGAAAAAACAAACAUUAGAAAUUCCAAUCAGUAUACUCUCUUUCUCCAAAUGAAUUCUUGUUAUUAGUCGAUCGCUAUGUUGAUUUAGAGAUAUUACGAGUUGAAGGCACUAGUAUUUUUGUUGACUGGAUUUGAGACAUUUGAUGAGUUGUGUUUGACCUAAUAAGCAUAAGGGGUUAGUUAGUCAAUGACUUACCCAUAACUACCUGCAUGAUUCAGCAAACCUUCAAUCAGAUGACUCCUUCCCAACGAGUUAUAUCAUUUUUCUUUCUUUCCUUCUUUCUUUCCUCUCUCCCGCUCCAUUUCUCAUAGGUGUUGGAUUUGCACGAGAACAAGCUGACCUCCCUCCCUGAUGACAUAGGGCAACUGGCAUCCCUGCAGGUCAGAUCAUUAUACAUAUAAUGGCCUUUAAAUCUAGAAUCCUUAAAUAAAACAAUAAGAAAUUGUGCUCCCCUCCCGUUUCGCUAAAAAGCUGAGGGAUGGCGCUGGAGAAAUGUAACCUCUCUCAUAGUCAUAGACAGAGCUAUGGAUGCAAGGACUGACCAUCCAUGAUAUCAAAUGUAUAAUUUUAACCAUACUUUGAGGCUAUACAGUGUUUUUUUUACAAUUACGUUGCUUACAAACAUUGGAGUUAAACAAGCUUAGACAAUGCCUUGCAAAAGUAUUCAUCCCCCUUGUUGUUUUUCCUAUUUUGUUGCAUUACAACCUGUAAUUUAAAUGGAUUUUUAUUUGGAUUUCAUGUAAUGGACAUACACAAAAUAGUCCAAAUUGGUGACGUGAAAUGAAAAAAUUAACUUGUUUCAAAAAAAAAUCUAAAAAACAAAUUAUGGAAAAGUGGUGCGUGCAUAUGUAUUCACCCCCUUUGCUAUGAAGCCCCUAAAUAAGAUCUGGUGCAACCAAUUACCUUCAGAAGUCACAUAAUUAGUUAAAUAAAGUCCACCUGUGUGCAAUCUAAGUGUCACAUGAUCUCAGUAAAUAUACACCUGUUCUGAAAGGCCCCAGAGUCUGCAACACCACUAAGCAAGGGGCACCACCAAGCAAGUGGCACCAUGAAGACCAAGGAGCUUUCCAAACAGGUCAGGGACAAAGUUGUGGAGAAGUACAGAUCAGGGUUGGGUUAUAAAAAAAAUAUCAAACUUUGAACGUCCCACAGAGCACCAUUAAAUCCAUUAUUAAAAAAUGGAAAGAAUAUGGCACCACAACAAACCUGCCAAGAGAGGGCCGCCCACCAAAACUCACGGACCAGGCAAGGAGGGCAUUAAUCAGAGAGGCAUCAAAGAGACAAAGACAACCCUGAAGGAGCUGCAAAGCUCCACAGCGGAGAUUGGAGUAUCUGUCCAUAGGACCACUUUAAGCCGUACACUCCACAGUGCUGGGUUUUAUGGAAGAGUGGCCAGAAAAAAGCCAUUGCUUACAGAAAAAAAUAAGCAAACACGUUUGGUGUUCGCCAAAAGGCAUGAGGGAGACUCCCCAAACAUAUGGAAGAAGGUACUCUGGUCAGAUGAGACUAAAAUUGAGCUUUUUAGUCCCCUGUAGCUCAGUUGGUAGAGCAGGCGCUUGCAACGCCAGGGUUGUGGGUUCGUUUCCCACGGGGGGCCUGUAUGAUAAAAUGACUAAAUCAAGGAAAACGCUAUGUCUGGCGCAAACCCAACACCUCUCAUCACCCCGAGAACACCAUCCCCACAGUGAAGCAUGGUGGUGGCAGCAUCAUGCUGUGGGGAUGUUUUUCAUCGGCAGGGACUGGGAAACUGGUCAGAAUUGAAGGAAUGAUGGAUGGUGCUAAAUACAGGGAAAUUCUUGAGGGAAACGUGUUUGUCUUCCAGAGAUUUGAGACUGGGACGGAGGUUCCCCUUCCAGCAGGGCAAUGACCCUAAGCAUACUGCUAAAGCAACACUCUAGUGGUUUAAGGGGGGAAACCUUUAAAUGUCUUGGAAUGGCCUAGUCAAAGCCCAGACCUCAAUCCAAUUGAGAAUCUGUGGUAUGACUUAAAGAUUGCUGUACACCAGCGGAACCCAUCCAACUUGAAGGAGCUGGAGCAGUUUUGCCUUGAAGAAUGGGCAAAAAUCCCAGUGGCUAGAUGUGCCAAGCUUAUAGAGACAUACCCCAAGAGACUUGCAGCUGUAAUUGCUGCAAAAGGUGUCUCUACAAAGUAUUGACUUUGGGGGGGUGAAUAGUUAUGCACGCUCAAGUUUUCUUUUUCUUUGUCUUAUUUCUUGUUUUUUUCACAAUGAAUAAUAUUUUGCAUGUUGUGUAAAUCAAAUUAUAAAACCCCCCCAAAAAUCAAAUUUAAUUCCAGGUUGUAAGGCAACAAAAUAGGAAAAAUGCCAAGGGGGGUGAAUACUUUCGCAAGCCACUGUAGUUUGUGUUCUAAUGGGGUACGACAGUUGAACUAAACUAAUGAGGCAUUUAGAAGUUAUAUUCUUUAAGAAUCAAUGGGUAUAUAUCAUUAAUUUAUAAGUCCAAAAAUGGAUGUAGCAAAUAAGGAUUCUAGCUUUUAAUAACAGAAGGAUAUCAAUGGAAUCGUACUGUACCUAAAUGGAUGCUCACCAUUUUGUAUCCUCCUCUUAGGUGCUGAAUAUAGAAAAUAACCAGAUCAAGACCCUGCCGGACUCCAUUGGGGAUCUCAGACUUCUGCAGACCCUCAAUGUGAAAGGUUUGUUUACCUUUGGUCUGAAUGGGGUAGCCGUCCAGGGGUAGCCAACUUAGGAAGUAUAUUUUAUUCAGGAAAAGGAUGGAUGGAUUUUGACUUAGUUUGAAUAGGAUACGGAUGAUUGAUUUGUAGGCGUAUGUGUCUGUCUGUAUGGCAUUGUGUGUGUGUGUGUGUGUGUGUGUGUGUGUAAAGUACUUUCUGUCUUCCUUUAUAGGUAAUUGUCUAAGUCAGCUGCCUUCCUCUGUGGGCCGUAUGAGCAGCCUGCGCACACUUGACCUAAGUGAGAACAGUGUGAGGGAGUUACCCCGGGACCUGGCACUGGCACGCACUCUAGAGGUGUGUGUGUGUACUCGUACAUUGCCAGAAGUAAUGUUGCUUUAUUGUAAUAACACUCAUUUACAUUCUGUAUGCUGUUAACAACCGGUGUGUGUUCUCACACCAGAGCCUGACCCUGGACGCUGCUCUGAUGUCCUACCCCCCUGCCUCGGUGUGUACCACGGGGACUGAGGACAUCCAACGCUUCCUCUGCACUGGUGAGUUAUAAAAGUACUAUUAGUAUAGUGUUGCUCAGACAAUUUAGGUGGAAUUGCAACGUAGACAUGUGGUCCCUACUGUACUAUAAAACAAUCUUAUAGUACAAUUAUUACAUAACUACAGUACUACUGAUUCAGACCAAUAAAAACACCCCAAACAAACUUGGUCUGAAAAUGGCAACAGAACAUGACUUGAUAAGCAUAAGGAAGUCCCAUGUCAAGCCAGAGGAAAUUCAGUCAAAACACUCACUUCUACCCACUUAAUUACCCACUUUGUCUCAUCUGUCUGUGUGUGUGUGUGUGUGUGUGUGUUGACAGAGCUGGGGGAGGAGUACUGCCCCCCGUCUCAGUUCCUGCUGCCCGUGCUGGAGAGUGACUCAGGGAAGCAGAGCUCGGACAAUGUGGACAGCCUGGAGGUGGCCUGGCAGGUGAGUGCUGGCCCGGGGUGUCACCCGGCAGCCAUCUUAGUUCUGUGGAGUAGCCAUUCUAUAGAGGAACAUACACAGAGCCUUCCACAGAGCCAUGAAGGAGCGCUCUCUCUCUCUUUUACAAACACAUGAAAGCACACACACACACACACACACCAUGACACGGACACACACACAUUUCACAUUUCACAUCUCAAUUGAAUUGCGGUCAGUUCAGAUCAGCUUAGAGUAGCAGGGUAGCAGCAAUCUCAUUAGUAGUGAUUUCUUUCCAUUAUUGUCAUAACUGUCUGACUGAUUACAUUGCUUGUUUCCCUGUCUCUCCAUUUGCAGAGUAAGUUCAAUGACUUGGAGAAGAGAAAGGUACUGUAGGAGACUUUCCUUUUAGCACUUUCUAUCGUCACGCAAUGGUUGAUGACUCAAAGUUGAUGACCCAGUCGCUAUCACGUGUCUCCUCUCUCUCUCUCUCUCACGUGCACACACACACAUACACAUACACACAGGAGCAGAAGCACCAGGAGAAACUGGCAUUUGAGCGUCAGCUGGAGGAGAAGCAGAAGGAGCACCACCAGCUCCUCCUCAUGAACAACUCCCACAAGGAGAACAUCCUGCUGUCUGUCAGACAGGUGACUGCUGGGCACGCACAACACACACACACAAGCUCUAAUAUAGAAACCAUCACAGUCAUUGUAAAGACCCUUGGACAGUCCAUAAUAGUCUUUAGCCUUCAGUGGCAGCCUUAAUUUGAACUUAAUUUAGUAUAAGACUACAUAUGCCUUACUACAUAUGCCCCCUAAUGCUGUCGCCCCAAAAUAUAUACAGUACCAGUCAAAAGUUUAGACACACCUACUCAUUCAAGGGUUUUUCUUUAUUUUUUACUGUUUUCUACAUUGUAGAAUAAUAGUGAAGACAUCAACACUAUGAAAUAACACAUAUGGAAUAAUGUAGAAACCAAAAAACUGUUAAACAAAUCAAAAUAUAUUUUAUAUUUGAGAUUCUUCAAAGUAACCACCCUUUGCCUUGAUGACAGCUUUGCACACUCUUGGCAUUCUCUCAACCAGCUUCAUGAGGUAGUCACCUAGAAUGCAUUUCAAUUAACAGGUGUGACUUCUUAAAAGUUAAUUUGUGUAAUUUCUUUCCUUAAUGCGUUUGAGCCAAUCAGUUGUGUUGUGACAAGGUAGGGGGGUAUACAGAAGAUAGCCCUAUUUGGUAAAAUACCAAGUCCAUAUUAUGGCAAGAACAGCUCAAAUAAGCAAAGCGAAAUUGCAUUCCAUCAUUACUUUAAGACAUGAAGGUCAGUCAAUACGGAACAUUUCAAGAACUUUGAAAGUUUCUUCAAGUGCAGUCGCAAAAUCCAUCAAGCGCUAUGAUGAAACUGGCUCUCAUGAGGACCGCCACAGGAAAGGAAGACUCAGAGUUACCCUGCUGCAGAGGAUAAGUUCAUUAGAGUUCCCAGCCUCAUAAAUUGCAGCCCAAAUAAAUGCUUUAGAGUUCAAGUAACAGUCACAUCUCAAUGUCAAUUGUUCAGAGGGGACUGUGAAUCAGGCCUUCAUGGUCGAGUUGCUGCAAAGAAAGCACUACUAAAGGACACCAAUAAUAAGAAGAGACCUGCUUGGGCCAAGAAACAUGAGCAAUGGACAUUAGACUGGUGGAAAUGUGUCCUUUGGUCUGGAGUCCAAAUGUGAGAUUUUUGGUUCAAACCACUGUGUCUUUGUGAGACGCGGUGUGGGUGAACGGAUGAUCUCCGCAUGUGUAGUUCCCACCAUGAAGCAUAGAGGAGGAGGUGUUAUGGUGUGGGGGUGCUUUGCUGGUGACACUGUGGGAUUUAUUUAUAAUUCAAGGUACACUUAACCAGCAUAGCUACCACAGCAUUCUGCAGCGAUACGCCAUCCCAUCUGGUUUGGGUUUAGUGGGACUAUCAUUUGUUGUUCAACAGGACAGUGACCCAACACACCUCCAGGCUGUGUAAGGGCUAUUUGACCAAGAAGGAGAGUGAUGGAGUGCUGCAUCAGAUGACCUGGCCUCCACAAUCCCCGACCUCAACCCAAUUGGGAUGAGUCAGACUGCAGAGUGAAGGAAAAGUAGCCAACAAGUGCUCAGCAUAUGUGGGAACUCCUUCAAGACUGUUGGAAAAGCAUUCCAGGUGAAGCUGGUUAAGAGAAUGCCAAGAGUGUGCAAAGCUGUCAUCAAGGCAAAGGGUGGCUAUUUGAAGAAUCUCAAAUAUAAAAUAUAUUUUGAUUUGUUUAACACUUUUUUGGUUACUACAUGAUUCCAUAUGUGUUACUUCAUAGUUUUGAUGUCUUCACUAUUAUUCUAUAAUGUAGAAAACAGUAAAAAUAUAGAACAACCCUUGAAUGAGUAGGUGUGUCCAAACUUUUGACUGGUACUGUGUAUACAGUGGGGAAAAAAAGUAUUUAGUCAGCGACCAAUUGUGCAAGUUCUCCCACUUAAAAAGAUGAGAGAGGCCUGUAAUUUUAAUCAUAGGUACACGUCAACUAUGACAGACAAAUUGAGGAAAAAAAAUCCAGAAAAUCACAUUGUAGGAUUUUUAAUGAAUUUAUUUGCAAAUGAUGGUGGAAAAUAAGUAUUUGGUCACCUACAAACAAGCAAGAUUUCUGGCUCUCACAGACCUGUAACUUCUUCUUUAAGAGGCUCCUCUGUCCUCCACUCGUUACCUGUAUUAAUGGCACCUGUUUGAACUUGUUAUCAGUAUAAAAGACACCUGUCCACAACCUCAAACAGUCACACUCCAAACUCCACUAUGGCCAAGACCAAAGAGCUGUCAAAGGACACCAGAAACAAAAUUGUAGACCUGCACCAGGCUGGGAAGACUGAAUCUGCAAUAGGUAAGCAGCUUGGUUUGAAGAAAUCAACUGUGGGAGCAAUUAUUAGGAAAUGAAAGACAUACAAGACCACUGAUAAUCUCCCUCGAUCUGGGGCUCCACGCAAGUUCUCACCCCGUGGGGUCAAAAUGAUCACAAGAAUGGUGAGCAAAAAUCCCAGAACCACACGGGGGGACCUAGUGAAUGACCUGCAGAGAGCUGGGACCAAAGUAACAAAGCCUACCAUCAGUAACACACUACGCCGCCAGGGACUCAAAUCCUGCAGUGCAAGACGUGUCCCCCUGCUUAAGCCAGUACAUGUCCAGGCCCGUCUGAAGUUUGCUAGAGUGCAUUUGGAUGAUCCAGAAGAGGAUUGGGAGAAUGUCAUAUGGUCAGAUGAAACCAAAAUAGAACUUUUAGGUAAAAACUCAACUCGUCGUGUUUGGAGGACAAAGAAUGCUGAGUUGCACCAUACCUACUGUGAAGCAUGGGGGUGGAAACAUCAUGCUUUGGGGCUGUUUUUCUGCAAAGGGACCAGGACGACUGAUCCGUGUAAAGGAAAGAAUGAAUGGGGCCAUGUAUCGUGAGAUUUGGAGUGAAAACCUCCUUCCAUCAGCAAGGGCAUUGAAGAUGAAACGUGGCUGGGACUUUCAGCAUGACAAUGAUCCCAAACACACCGCCCGGGCAACGAAGGAGUGGCUUCGUAAGAAGCAUUUCAAGGUCCUGGAGUGGCCUAGCCAGUCUCCAGAUCUCAACCCCAUAGAAAAUCUUUGGAGGGAGUUGAAAGUCCGUGUUGCCCAGCGACAGCCCCAAAACAUCACUGCUCUAGAGGAGAUCUGCAUGGAGGAAUGGGCCAAAAUACCAGCAACAGUGUGUGAAAACCUUGUGAAGACUUACAGAAAACGUUUGACCUGUGUCAUUGCCAACAAAGGGUAUAUAACAAAGUAUUGAGAAACUUUUGUUAUUGACCAAAUACUUAUUUUCCACCAUAAUUUGCAAAUAAAUUCAUUAAAAAUCCUACUAUGUGAUUUUCUGGAAUUUUAUUUCUCAUUUUGUCUGUCAUAGUUGACGUGUACCUAUGAUGAAAAUUACAGGCCUCUCUCAUCUUUUUAAGUGGGAGAACUUGCACAAUUGGUGGCUGACUAAAUACUUUUUUUCCCCACUGUAUGUAUAUGUAUAUAUAUAUGUGUGUGUAUAUGUGUGUGUAUUUCAAAAAUACAAUUUUAUUGAGAAUGUUUUUAUUGGUUUCUUUUCAUUUUGAUAAGAGAUGUUAUUUGUGGAUGUAAAAAUCGAAAUUUACCGAUUUUAAGAUUGUGCCAUUAGAUUUGGGGUCGAGUCGCGAGAAAUUCUUGGGGGAAAAAUUGGGUCCCCAGAAACUCUAGCGGAAGAAACGGGUUCCCCGCUGAAAAAGUUUGAAUACCAUUUACAUUUACAUUUUAGUCAUUUAGCAGACGCUCUUAUCCAGAGCGACUUACAGUUAGUGAGUGCAUACAUUAUUAUUUUUUUAUUUUUCAUACUGGCCCCCCGUGGGAAUCGAACCCACAACCCUGGCGUUGCAAACGCCAUGCUCUACCAACUGAGCUACAUCCCUGCCGGCCAUUCCCUCCCCUACCCUGGACGACGCUGGGACAAUUGUGCGCCGCCCCAUGGGUCUCCCGGUCGCGGCCGGCUACGACAGAGCCUGGAUUCGAACCAGGAUCUCUAGUGGCACAGCUAGCACUGCGAUGCAGUGCCUUAGACCACUGCCGUACUACUGUAUGUCAGAGAAUGUAGAGUUGAGCAGGCCAAUCCUUUACUCCCUGCCUCGGCACUUCUCUUCCCCUCUAGAGGACAUACCUUGAUGAAGGCAUUCGCUGAAACGCGUUGGAUUUAAUAAUGAAAUAUUUAUUUUCAAAGCGAACUUUCAUUGUCCUACUAAAAGUUGUAAUACAGUACUUGCUUUAUUGGUCCAUUUGCACAGAUCUUAUUUAUUUGUACUGUCACAGUACACAGCAGCGCCAAGCAGCGCCCCUGGAGCACUUAGGGGUGAAGUGCCUUGCUCAAGGGCACAACGGCGGUAGGUAGUCAUGUCUUUUCUUCUCCCCCUCUCCAGGAGCAGGAGCGUCUGGAGCUAGGCGUGUCGGUGCAGCAGAGGUUCCAGGAGGUUGAGAGGCAGAGGAUUCUGGGUAAGGUCCGCCAGGCCGAGACGGGCAUCGCUAGCCGCAUCAGCAACCUGCUACUGGACAGCAAACGGUGAGGAAUAGAGAGAGAGAGAGAGAGAGAGAGAGGGAGGGAGGAAGGGAAGGAGAGAGGGGAGGUGAGUGUGUGAGAGAGAAAGAGAGCGUGAGAGUGUGUGUGUGUGCACACGUUUGUGUCCACUUUUAUUACGAGUAAACCUGGUAAUAAGAUGCAGAAAAGAAGGAGACGUAUUCAAGAUCCUCAACCUAAAAAUAAUGGAUGAUGACAUUUGUUAAAAUGUAUCAUUAAUCUUGAUAUUGUGGUCUUGGUCUUGAGACCACGUAAAUGCGGUCUGGGUCUUAGUCUCAGCUAAUGGUCUCAAACAAGACCAUGGUGUUGGUAUUAAACUUCAUAACAUAUUUUUGUCAGUGUUCUGUGGCUAAAUGGGGGUGACAUAGCACACAAUUGCCAGGGUAACUUGGUUCACUAAUGUGGCAUCUGGGUGGGCAUUAAAACAGGUCUAUUUGACCUUUUAAGAUGCUUGAUCCAGGGCUGGGUUUUGUUUUUCCACAUUUAAACUGGUCUUGGUAUCGUCAUGAUCUCAAUACACUGGGCUCUGCAUCCAAAUGGCACCCUAUUCCCUAUGUAGUGCACUACUUUUGACCAGGAGUUGUGGACUAUAUAGGGAAUAGGGUGCCAUUUGGGCUGCAAUCUGGGUCUUGAGAGGCUGGGCGUGGGUCUCAAGCGCUCUCGUCUUGAGUCCAUCUCCGAUUGACCCUCUGUGUGUGUCUGUGUGUGUGUGUGUCUUUUCAGACAAAGAAAGAGUGCAGAGUUUCUCCAACAGUUGGAGGAGGACCGGUAAGUGGGAGAGAGCCUUUCUUAUCGAUCCACCCUGACUGGAGCAAUCCAUCUAUGAUCCUAGAAGCUAAAAAGAUUACAGCUCUUACACUGACUGAGGCACUCAACGAUCUGACUCGUAUUCCCGAGUGGCGCAGUGGUCUAAGGCACUGCAUCGCAGUGCUAGCUGUGCCACAAGAGAUCCUGGUUCGAAUCCAGGCUCUGUCGUAGCCGGCCGCGACCGGGAGACCCAUGGGGCGGCGCACAAUUGGCCCAGCGUCGUCCAGGGUAGGGGAGGGAAUGGCCGGCAGGGAUGGUGUGUUGGUCAGUUGGUAGAGCAUGGCGUUUGCAACGCCAGGGUUGUGGGUUCGUUUCCCACGGGGGGCCAGUACAACAAAAAAAAAAAUGAUGUAUGCACUCACUAACUGUAAGUCGCUCAGGAUAAGAGCGUCUGCUAAAUGACUAAAAUGUAAAUGUAUUCCAAAUAGACUGACUAUUUAUGAACAGUGCCAAAUGGAAGCUGCAGGGCAGAAUUUCCUUCUAGAAUACUUACUCAAAUAGAAAAAUAUUUGUGGAUUAAAACGGAAUACUGCUGAAAAAUAAUUGUUGCAGUUUGAGAUGUCUUUCUUUCCCUUAUUCUGUGCAGGAUACGGAUGGAGCAACUGACGGCCAUCACACAAGAAGAGACAAACUCACUCAGGAAGAGAGAAGUAGCAGGUGAGCAUGAGAAAUGUGGUCUACAAGAAAAAGUCAAGAGCAAGUUUGGAAGGUCAAGAGCAAGUUUGGAAGGAGGGCAAUGUGGAUUGAAGCAAUAACCUCGGAACGGAUUACUAUUAGCAUAAGGAAUGGGGUCUCUCAAAAAGUAUUAUUUAUCUUUCUCUCCCCCUCUCCCUCUCCCUCCCUCUCCAGUGGCCAUGCAGAAGAUGUUGUCAGAGAGCUGCUCCAUGCGUCUGAUGCAAGAAGCCAGUGACUCACGCAGACAGAGCCUGGUCACUGAGGCCUGCAGGAGGUCAGUACACACACACACACACACACACACACACACACACACACAUAUUUGUUUUACUAUCCUUGAUGGGACCAAACAAUUGAUUCCCUUUCAAAAUGCUAUUUUCCUAAACCUGACCCUAAUUUUAACCCUAACUCUUAAUUCUAAUCCUAACCCUAAACCUUACCCCAAAGUCUAAAAUAGCCUUUUUCCUUGUGGGGAACGGUGAAAUGUCCCCACUUGUCAGAAUUGUUCUUGUUUUACUGUCCUUGUGAGGACUUCUGUUCCCCAUACGGAUAGUAAAACUAAAAUAAAUACACACACUCUUUAUGGAUGAGAUAUUGUUUGGUCUAGUUCUCUGUGAGUACUUUCUGUUUGUAGGAGGUUCCUGUUUAGAAACGCAUGUCCAACUUGCUUCCCCUCUCCUCUCGUUGUAGUCUGGAGAGUCAGGACAGGAAGUUCGAUCAGGUGCUUUCGCUCCAGCAGCUAGACAAAUCCAAAGCCAUCGCUUGUAUCCUACAGGAGGUAAAAUAUAUUUUUACUGCUAUGUGCAACACAAACAGAUAGAUAGGAAACAAAGAUUUACAAUAUUUUCACAAGCUAAUGAGAAUGUAAAGUGUUAUAUGAAACACUUGGUACUGACAUUGCAAGGUUGGAUCAUGCGUUGGAAAGAGCAUAGAAACAGGUAGCCGACUAAACUCAACCCCACGAUUUAUGGUGGAGUUGAGCAGAGACUGGUGGUGGGCAGACUGGACAUUUUAUGUGACGUUAAAACUCCAGUCUGCCCACAUAAGUCACCGCUCAACUCCAUCGUAAAUCGUGGAAAACAAAGAAACCCAGGCCAGUUGAAUGAGCUGACGUUAGUUACUCUCUGUGGCCUGCUACAGGAGGAGAUGCAGAAGGCAGCCUUCCAGGCACUGCAGCUGCAGAAGGACAGUGUACAUGGCUACAUCCAACAACAGGUACCUGUGGUAAAACACACCGUCAACACGCAUUCAGUAUGAAUUCAGUUUCAUUUGAUUUACACACAUUCAGUAUGAAUUCAGUGUCAUUCGUUUUACACACAUUCAGUGUCAUUCGAUAUAACAUGUUCAGUAUAAAUUCCGUGGCAUUCGAUAUACACACGUUCAGCAUGAAUUCCAUGUCAUUUGAUAUACAUACAUUCAGCAUGAAUUCCAUGUCAUUCGAUAUACACACAUUCAAUAUGAAUUCAGUGUCAUUCGAUAUAACACACAUUCAAUGUUUAUUUAUAUAAUUAACAGGGACACUACACAAUAUUCAACAACUCAGGCAAUACUGAGGUGUAUUAGUCUUGUGUUAGAUCUAUAGACCCUGGAGUACAUUAUGAUUAUUUAUUUAUUGAUGUAUUUAUUUUUAGUUUUUGACAUCUCAAGUAUGACGUCUGUAUCAUUCAAUCACACACAUUGAAUAUCAAGGUUUACACCAACUUUAAGCUGUGGAAACCAACUGGGAGCACAGGCUUUUGUUCCAGCACAUCACUAUCGAACAGCUGAUCCCACACAGCCUUUUACGUUGUUUUUAUGUUUGGGGAAGACGGCUUGUCUGAAGGUAGAAUCAUGCGGUUUCCAUUUAUCCCAGUGCUUUUUGCAUUACAUGCCAUCAUCCCCCUACCGAGUUUGCUGGCGGAGCCUCCAGCUCACCUCCUUGUUAUGUUCAUAUGUUUCUAGAUCAGGCUAAUAGAAGGAGAGUUAAUGCAGCUGACUAAACUGGAGGUUAAGAGACACAAUCUGGACGCUGAGAACCUGCAGGUACGUCAUAGAUAUAAGCAAAUAGUCUGUGACAUCACUGACAUGUAGCCUAGCGGUUUAGAGCGUUGGGACCGUAACUGAUAAAUUGCUGGUUUGAAUCCCUGAGCCGACCUAGGUGAAACAUCUGUCUGUGCCCUUGAGCAAGGCACUUAAUCCUAAUUGCUCCUGUAAGUCGCUCUGGAUAAAGAGCGUCUGCUAAAUGACUAAAAUGUGUCAUGACUAUUUUAAGUACACUACAAAACUUGAUCCCCUUUGCUUCUAUCCUGUCCCUCCCCUGCUUAUUUUCUUGAGUAUUCUGCCUUGGUUUAGCCCAUCCAUAUCAUUCUGCCAUGAGUACAUUUCAUGCCUCUUAUUUAAACAGGACAGGGUGGGGGUAUUGAGCAUGGAAAGACAGCAUUAUGCAUGAUGGUAUAUGACUAAUGAUUGGGAUUAUUACCCAAAUAUUAUCUUAUUUUCUCUGGUGAACUCAUUUAGGUAGGUUAGCGAGCGUUUGUGCAUGAGGAACUGCCUGUGCUCUCCUCUGACUGUGUGUGUGUAUGGGCCUUCCCUGUGUGUGUGUUCCCCUGUGUGUGCUUACCAGCUUCUUUGUGUGUGUGUGUGUGUAGGAGAUGCUGUGGGAGCAGCGUUCGGCCCUCAGUGACCUGCUGCAGCAGUUGCUGAAGGAGAAGGACCAGAGAGAGGUUGAGCUGAGACAGGUCCUCCAGGAGAUGGAGCUGAAGAGUGACUCCAACCAGCAGAACUACUGGCUGAUCCAGUACCAGAGGCUGCUGGACGCUAAGCCUCUGUCGCUACGCAUGCAGGUAGCUACACUACCUUAUACCACCAUAUCAUUCACCAUAAUACACCACCUGUGUGGCUCAGUUGGUAGAGCAUGGCGCUUGCAGCACCAGGAUUGUGGGUUCGAUUUCCACUGGUGCAGCUCAUACAAUCAAGUCACAUAGCAUCUGCUAUAUGGCAUAUGUUAUUAUUUUUAUAUUACCAAAAAUUAUACACAGAAUAACUUAAAGCAUUAACUAUACUAAGAGCUCUUUAAUGAAGGAUAAUGCCACUGGAUUCUUUAUCGAAUUGUGUCCCCUUCCCCAAAGAUAUUGAAUUGACCUAAACUCUUCUCUGUCUCUCUCAGGAGGCUGGUGUGGAGAGUGACCUGGUCAAUCUGCUGUGUAAGCUUUCAGCUCAGCACUACCUCCCCAUCCUGGCCCACCACAGAGUCACCUCCGAGGCCCUUCGCCACAUGACCACCAAAGACCUCUGCAAGGUGUGUGUGCGAAUGAAGUUUGUGUCAUGGAAUCAACACAGACAUGGCAAUUCCAUAACAUAUUUUAAAGUUGCUACACAUAGGAUUUUUAUUUUGUAUUUUACAUUGUAAUUUCAGAACAUUUCCAUAAUAUGUGUUUCACAGUAUUACUUACCCGCCAGUGUUGUAAUUGGCUGUGAUAUUCGCCUAUUGAUUUCUCCCGCCUGAGCGUCAUCUAUUGUCAAACUGGGAAAGAUGUUCUGACAUUGUGGCUGUGUUAUCUAGUGGAAAUGGCUCUGUCAUUUCCUGGUUGCUAAAAUUUUACACUGUUCGUUCAAUUUCAGUUUAUGUAAGAAAACAAUCACUGAAUAGUUUAGGGAAUCAUUGUACUAUCUACAUCACUGUGAAAUAUAUAUUUUCAAUAACAAAAAAUAUAGUUUUUACAGCUGUUUGAAGCUGGUGGACCAAAACCGAAAGUUACUGACCAAAACUGAAAGUUGCUUUCGGUUUUGGUCCACCAGCUUCAAAACAGCAGGUUUGGUCCACCAGCUUCAAACAGCUGUAAAAACUAUAUUUUUUGUUAUUGAAAAUAUAUUUCACAGCGAUUUAGAUCGUACAAUGAUUCCCUACACUUCAGUGCUUGUUUUCUCACACAAACGGAAAUUGUAGAUUUUUCAAACACUUUCAUUCCACUAUUAGCGGCAGAUAUAUUAUGGACAUUUAUAUGUGUAGCACCUUAAAUGUCAGAUGAUGGUCUGUGUGUGUGUGUGUGUGUGUGUGUGUGUUCAAAUUAAUGAUUGUCCCCCUCUCCUGCUUUUCCCCCAGCUGGGAAUCAAUGAGACGGGUAUCCAGAAGGCUCUUCUCAACUGGGCCAGGGAGCAGGCCUUCACACCACCUGAAGGUACGUACACACACUGCUUACGGCAAGUCAUUUACUGCCCUAUGGGGUGAUAGAAUGUACUACAAUUGAAUAUUUUUAUUCAUUACUGUGUCACCAAAUUCUGUCUCUCUCUCCCCCAGGGGCCUGCAAGGCCGAUCCACAGGAAGAGGAAGCUGUCCCGUCACCAUCUUCUCCGCCCAGCGCCCCCUUCGAGACACCCACCUCCACCCCUCCGCUGACCCCCGUCAAUCCCUCAGCCCCCAGCCCCAUAGACAGCCCGGGCAGCUCAGAGUGUGUGGUGUGCAUGGAGACAGGGGUAAGCAGGCAGACAGACAGAUACUCCAGUUAUUUUAUUCUGUCUCCCUCUCAUUGUGUCUCCUUCUCUCCAUCAGUCUCAGGUCAUCUUCCUGCCCUGUGGCCACGUGUGCUGUUGCCAGAUGUGCAGUGAUGCCCUCCAGACCUGCCCCCUGUGUCGCAGCAACAUCGCCCAGCACAUACGCCUCUACCACGGCUAAUGGGACCUUCUUUAAGGGAGGGCCACUAGCACUCUACAUGCAGGCUUUUGUUCCAGCCUAGCACUCACUCAUUCGAUCACUUCAUCUUACGCCAGGCAAUAUCUGCAACUCUUAUCAUACAAAUCUAGGAAAUAGCCUGUUUUCUCAGCUUUAACUAUCAGUCAACCAGUUUUUAUUGAUAAACCAAAAUCUAGGGCAUAGAAAUGGAAAAAAGGAAGGAAGGGUGAGUACCUUCUGUACAUUAUUUUGGGUGAUGUGAUUAACAGUUGUAAGUAAAGCCAUUUAUUAUAAUUUUAAAAUAAUCACAUUUUGUGACCCAAAAGGGACAAGGUCAAUGACUGUUAGGCGUGGUGAGGGAGCGAUGUCUUGCCUUAGUGAAAUAACUGUUUGAGUGACUGUACCUUUCCUUCCUUCUUUUAGAGACCUCUUUGCUCCCUCCUCUUCUCUUCAUGGUUUAAAUAGUGAUUGGUCACCCUUUAAAUGCAUCAUCACACAUCUCUAUGCGCAGCCAUCAAAUGGUAACCAAUGACACUUUUCUAAUCUCUCUCUUUCUCCAUUCAAGUGCUCUUAUAGUAAUUUGUAACAUAGCAUGCUUCAGGUUAUAGGAGACACUUAUAUUGUACGGUAUGAUAACAUCAAACAAUCUGAGUGUUACAAAUAUGCUGAAUAUGAAGACAUUUAAUGAUAUUCAAUUGAAAUUGUAAUGUGGUGAUGUCCGGUAAAUAAGUGUUAUAAUGUUCGGGAAAAACCGGGCCCUGGUCUGGUUAGGCGUCCACCAUAGUUGCUGGAAUCGUGCAGGACAGGACCAUGUCAAAAGAAAAUCUGUUUGGUUCGGGUUGGCAAAAUAUUGUGAAAAGAGUAUCAGUGUCUGUUCAUGUACCUAUCACUUAAAGCUGCUCUAGAAUGUAAAUAUCUACAGAAAAAUAUAUAGAAUAUAUCCUUUCAUUUGUGUGUAAACAGCUUUUAUGUGGCAGUGUCAAAUAAUAGUCACACUGCAUACCAUAGCAUGUUAUAUACACACGGCUGUUUUAAUAUAUAAUUAUUGCAUAGAUUGUUCAAUUUCCUUCCAAUAGUGUAUUUCCUAAAAAUACAGUUCGAUCAAACGAAAUGGGCAGAUAAAAGAUAUGUGUGGAUGUCAUUUGAUGCAGUGGGCAUAGCCUGGUACCGUGCCUAGUAUCAAGACUCUCUCUCUCUCUCUCUCUC